GGUCGAGCUGGCGACGGCCGCAAUCAGCCGACGCGAUCACGUGACAGAGGAUCGUCGUGCGCACGACUUCCUUUUUGGAAUGGGGCAGUAGUUCAUUGUUAUUAUUGACUUCAAUCGUGAACACUCCCUGCUACACAUGCUUUACAACGAACGUUAAUUGAGAAAACUACAUAACCAGGCUGAACCGCUCAUCGUUCUCAACGUUUUAGCAAUAGUCACGCUGCCGAACGCACACUUGGGUGAAAUAUGUCAACUCCGCCUUCUCCUGCAGAUCCCUCUGGUUUUGUCAUUUCAAGCUCAAAACAACCCAGCACACUAGCCAAUAUUGCUCUCAAUGGCUCGUAUGGAGCUUCAUCAUCCUCUGUACCGCUCACAAAGAAGCGCAAGCCUUCUUUGACGGGCAGUGAAAAGAGGGACUCGGCCAAGGACGAACUGCACACGGACGAUGAUUCCGCUUCGGUCCGACCUGGAAAAGACCACAAGAGAACUCGAGUACACUUCUCCUGUGUCGAAUGCCACAGAAGAAAGCAGAAAUGCGAUAGGAAAGAGCCAUGUUCGCAGUGUGUCGCAAGAAAGGUCCCUCAUCUUUGUCGACCAUUCUUAAAUGGUGUAGAAGAUCCAAAUACUAUCACUUCCGAUGUCAAUGCGAGACUCAACUCUAUCGAGACGCUCUUGUCCCGCUUGGUCAGCGCUCUUCCGGUACAAGCUCUUCACACGUUUCCCUCCGUACAUGGUGCAUCAAGUCACUCUUCACCUGAUGUGUCGUCCUUGACAGCGUCUGGAGAAGAAAUCUUCCAUCCUCAAUCCAGGUCAGACAACGCUCCUCGACAAGCGCUUCCUCAGAAGCCACCUCCAUCGGGAUUGUUCCCUGCCAGUCUUCAUGCCACCGGAGUCGGACGAAGUGGUUAUGGUUGGGGACUAAGAGAAGGGAGAAUGAUCAACUUGACGGACGAAGAGAGCCCAGACCUCAAGACUAUACUGUCGACUCUGAGGGAGAGCGGAAUCUCAAAGGGCCAUCUUGAAUGGGUCAUUGCUGGUGUCCCGGGCCGCCGAAUGGCAGAUGGACUGAUCGAGCUGUAUUUCCGGGAUAUAGACUGGACACGCUACAAGAUGAAUAGAAACAGCUUCAUGAAGCGAUAUAAUAUCUUCUUUGAUUGCCUAGCCAAGAAUCCGACGGAUCCAAAGAUCGACGGCGACACACUGCGGUGGUUGCCAUUGCUCUUCAUAGUGUUGGCUAUUGCUACAUUAUCGGCUCCGCACGAGCUGGUCGCACGGGACGAUCAACAAGACUGGUCUCGUCGGUUCUAUGGAUCCGCAAGGAGCGGUCUCGAAUAUGCUAAAGCGCUACAAAGAGACAAUCUGGAUGUCUUGUUCGCCGGUUUGCUAGCCUCUCGAUAUAUGUUGUUGACACGCCGUCCCGCAGAAGGAUCGACUCCGCUUACUACUGCCUUUCAACAAGGACUAUAUAGGGAUGGCACAGUUUUGAAUCUGACAGAUAAGAAGGAGAUUGAGAUCCGACGUCGUGCCUGGGCUCAGCUGUAUCACCUUGAUCGCACCAUUGCGCUCUUGGUCGGUCGGCCGCCAAGCAUCUCUGAUGCUCACACGGACACUCGUGCACCUGCAAAUUUGGAUGACGACGAGCUAGAGUCGGAGUUCGACCCAGAGGGACAUCCUCUUUCUCUGCCCACCCUAUACACCUAUGUCAUUCUGCGCCACAAACUUGCCGAAAUCAUGGGUCGAAUUGCCUACCACACCUUUGCCGUAUCAUUACCUGACUACACGACUGUCUUAAGCCUUGAUCGCGACCUGCUGGCUUGGCGAGACUCACUGCCGGCAUUCUUCGCUUUGACUAAUCCCGAUACCUCGAUGGACAAACAGCACACAUAUCUUUUUGUACAGCGUCAUUUGCUUGCUUGCGAAUGGUACUACACGCGGAUCACAUUGAAUCGGCCAUAUCUCUUGCGACGGAAACCUCAAGAUGGCCGUUAUGCGUACUCAAAAACUGCCGCAAUCGAAAGUGCGACUGCGGAUCUCUUAAAUAGAAGGGCAUUUGUGAUGGGUAAAGGCAACUUAGUUGUCAACAGCGGCGGCUAUAGAGUAUUAAAUUCAUACAUGGUUCUUGGGGUAACCAUCAAGCUCGAUCCUCAAUCUCCUCAGGCGGACGAACUACGACAACUGUUGAACGUCGUCUCUGGGAAAGCACCAGAUGCCGAAGGACUUACCUCCGAGCCUCUGGUAAAGGAAGAAUUGGCGAUCGUUGAGUUCUUGACUGCAAAAGGCAAUGCCGCCGCGGGUAAACAGCGGAUCGCGGGACGGCCUACCCGUGGAGAAGACCAAACUCCUGUCGAUCUGCUUCUAGGCCUCGCGAAGACUCGAUCUGGUCGUCGCGCAGCUGAAGAGGAGAAACGACAACUGCGACUUCAACAACAAAGGAUGGAGAUGGAGGAAAGACAAGCUGCGUUACGCAGUCGCGAUAACCUCGGCUCAUCGAAUUCUACCAGUCCUUGGGAUUAUGUAGCCCCAUCCAUGCCUGGACUAGAUGUUCAUCAGCCCUUUGGAUCUCCCACUACCCGUCGCGAGCCCCGACCUCUGCAACCCCCGCCAGCGAAACGUUCUUCGGGUCAGAGUCAGAACCCAUGGCCUGCGAACUUGUUCGAGACCCUGACCAAUCAAACACCAUUAUCCUCGCAAAACCUGCCCAUUGAGAUAUCAAGUCAAAAGACACCUUCCCAAAAUUCUCUCUCGGUCGAUCAGUACAAUUUCUCAGACAUACCCGAUGUGUCCAUGUCCAUCACCCCAAAUCAGUCUGUUAAUCAUUUCGACCAGACACUUUUGUACACUCAGGACGGACAAACUCAGUACACUCAAGGCAACUAUGACGCCUUCAAUUUCGGCGAUUUGGGCUUCAAUACAGGGCUCACACCGAGCGAUACGAGCGGGUCGAAUUCUUUCAACCCAUUCGCGUUAGCUCAGAAUCAAGGUCGUGAAGAGGGGAGCGGCUCUGAGGGUAUGGGCGAGGAUGAGCAGACCCAAUUUCUCAAUUACAUCUUGACAAAAAUUGCCAACAGCCAACCCGAGGUGCAAUAGGGUCGGGACCUGCAGUCCGUCGAUCCUUUUCGUACAGUGUCGGUCCCACCUUCCCACCCGUUAAUUGUCCGUUCCUACUGUACAAAUAGAAUUGCCGAUCACCGACUCUUCGGGUGUCCGGU